CAACCAUUUAAGAUUUUUGUUUUUUUCUUGUGAACUGUAUUCCAAACUCAAAGUCAUUGUUAUUGCAUUUACUUCAAGAUAAGUGUGUCAUAAACACAUAACUUGGCCUUUAAAUACAAGUACCAAGAACAAAGAAGGAAUCAUUCUUCAUUGUAUUGGUUUAGUUUGUUCCUAAACCUUAAAAAGAUAAUGAGAGGGACACAAAUUGUUUUUGUUUUGCUUUGGUUUCUUGGUGUUUAUGUUCCUGCUUCUUUUUGUUCCAAUGUUACCUAUGAUCAUAGAGCAUUGGUCAUUGAUGGUAAACGCAGGGUUCUUAUGUCUGGUUCCAUUCAUUAUCCUCGUAGCACUCCUCAGAUGUGGCCUGACCUUAUUCAGAAAUCAAAAGAUGGGGGAAUUGAUGUGAUUGAGACUUAUGUUUUCUGGAACCUGCACGAGCCGGUUCGAGGCCAGUAUAAUUUUGAAGGCAGGGGAGAUUUGGUUGGAUUUGUGAAGGCAGUAGCAGCAGCAGGUUUAUAUGUGCAUCUCCGGAUCGGUCCAUAUGUGUGUGCUGAAUGGAAUUACGGUGGUUUCCCCCUUUGGUUGCAUUUUAUUGCUGGAAUUAAGUUCCGAACUAAUAAUGAACCAUUCAAGGCAGAGAUGAAGCGGUUUACCGCUAAGAUUGUCGAUAUGAUGAAGCAAGAGAACCUCUAUGCAUCACAAGGAGGACCUAUAAUUUUAUCUCAGAUUGAAAAUGAGUAUGGGAACAUUGAUACACAUGAUGCUCGUGCUGCUAAAUCCUACAUCGAUUGGGCAGCAUCAAUGGCUACAUCUCUUGAUACAGGUGUUCCCUGGAUUAUGUGCCAGCAGGCUAAUGCACCUGAUCCAAUUAUUAACACAUGCAAUAGUUUUUAUUGCGAUCAAUUCACACCAAACUCUGACAACAAACCAAAAAUGUGGACCGAGAAUUGGAGCGGAUGGUUUCUUGCAUUUGGAGGUGCUGUGCCUUAUAGACCAGUGGAAGAUCUUGCUUUUGCCGUUGCGCGCUUUUUUCAGCGGGGUGGAACUUUUCAAAAUUACUACAUGUACCAUGGAGGGACUAACUUUGGUCGAACAACGGGUGGACCUUUCAUUUCAACGAGUUAUGAUUAUGAUGCACCCAUUGAUGAGUAUGGAGAUAUUAGACAGCCCAAAUGGGGUCAUCUUAAAGAUUUGCACAAGGCCAUAAAGCUUUGUGAAGAAGCAUUGAUAGCCAGUGAUCCAACAAUUACAUCUCCUGGUCCAAAUCUUGAGACUGCAGUUUACAAGACAGGAGCUGUAUGCUCCGCCUUCCUUGCCAACAUCGGCAUGUCUGAUGCAACGGUAACCUUUAAUGGAAAUUCAUAUCACUUGCCUGGAUGGUCUGUGAGCAUCUUACCGGACUGCAAAAAUGUUGUACUCAAUACUGCAAAGGUUAAUACUGCAUCUAUGAUUUCAAGUUUCGCAACUGAAUCUUUAAAAGAAAAGGUUGAUUCCUUGGACAGUUCAAGUUCAGGAUGGAGUUGGAUUAGUGAACCUGUCGGCAUUUCAACGCCGGAUGCAUUCACAAAAUCUGGACUGCUCGAGCAAAUAAACACGACGGCUGAUAGAAGUGACUACUUAUGGUACUCAUUAAGCAUUGUUUAUGAAGAUAAUGCCGGUGAUCAACCUGUUCUUCACAUUGAAUCCCUUGGCCAUGCCCUUCAUGCUUUUGUAAAUGGGAAGCUUGCUGGGAGUAAAGCAGGCAGCAGCGGAAAUGCGAAGGUCAAUGUGGAUAUACCUAUUACACUUGUAACUGGAAAGAACACGAUCGAUCUCCUGAGUUUAACAGUGGGAUUACAGAACUAUGGAGCAUUUUAUGACACAGUGGGUGCGGGGAUCACUGGUCCGGUAAUAUUGAAAGGCUUGAAAAAUGGCAGUAGCGUCGAUCUCACCUCACAGCAAUGGACAUAUCAGGUUGGCCUUCAAGGUGAAUUUGUAGGUCUGUCUAGUGGAAAUGUUGGACAGUGGAAUUCACAAUCAAACUUACCUGCAAAUCAACCUUUGACUUGGUACAAGACGAACUUUGUUGCUCCCUCCGGAAGUAACCCGGUUGCAAUCGACUUCACGGGGAUGGGAAAAGGCGAAGCUUGGGUGAACGGACAGAGCAUUGGGCGAUACUGGCCAACAUACAUCUCUCCGAAUUCUGGCUGUACUGACUCAUGCAAUUAUAGAGGAACAUAUUCUGCAUCCAAAUGCCUCAAGAAUUGUGGAAAACCAUCACAGACAUUAUAUCAUGUACCGCGAGCAUGGUUGAAGCCAGAUAGCAACACUUUUGUAUUGUUUGAGGAAAGCGGAGGCGACCCUACAAAAAUAUCUUUUGGUACAAAACAGAUAGAAAGUGUGUGUUCACAUGUAACUGAAUCUCACCCUCCACCUGUAGACACAUGGAAUUCGAAUGCAGAAUCAGAAAGAAAGGUAGGUCCUGUACUGUCACUGGAAUGCCCUUAUCCUAAUCAGGCGAUCUCUUCCAUUAAAUUUGCAAGCUUUGGAACGCCUCGUGGGACUUGUGGAAACUACAACCACGGAAGCUGCAGCAGCAAUAGGGCUCUAUCCAUUGUGCAAAAGGCCUGCAUUGGAUCGAGCAGUUGUAAUAUUGGAGUAUCAAUUAAUACAUUUGGAAAUCCAUGCCGAGGAGUAACAAAGAGCUUAGCUGUUGAAGCUGCUUGUACAUAGGCAUGAUGCUUCUCUAGACUUACUACUACUUAGCUAGGACUCGGCUAAUAGAUCAAAUGAUUCUUGAUUAGCCUAAGUAAAAUGGUAUUAUAGUUGUAAACUAGAUGGGAAUGACAAUGCAAAACAGUGCAUUGUUAAUUGCAAUAAAAUAUUUGAAUGAAAAAAAGUUAUAUCUCUAA